AUGAUUAGUAUGGGAAUGACAAGUAAAGGCCAAAAUGUAGAUGGGGCACCAGCUGGUAACAGCUCCUCAGAAUGGAUUAUAUCGUCAUCUUCUUCACCUUUUCAAGCAAAUAAAAGAUAUUCAUUAGAUCCACCAUUUGGUUCAGAUUAUUCACCACCAGCAUCACCUCAAAAUGAAUUGGAUCCAUUAUCAUCAUAUUUUUUAAAUUUACAAUCAGAGGAUAACGAUGUUCGUAAAACUGCAAUCGAGUAUAUAAUAAACACUUUAUCAAAUCCAGAUAAUGAGAAAUUGAUAAAAAAUCAUUUACCUAUGAUUGUGGUUUUAUCUACAGAAUCACCUUUUGAUGAUAUUAGUGAAGCCUUCACAAAUUUUUUAAAACCAAUACAGGAAAAAUAUCAUAUACCCAAACAAAGAACAACAGUAUUUACAUCAGAAUCACAAUUACCACCAUUGAAUACAGAUGAUGAAUUAACAAGAAAGUUAUUUCAAGAUGUUUUUUUACAACAUGGUAGAGUAAAUCAUUUAACAAGAAUUUUAGGUUGGCAUCCACAAUAUUUAGAAAAGUUUCUUCUAGCAUACAAUACAAUAAUGAGAGAUCCAGGACCAUUACCACUUCAUUGGAGAAAUUACAUUGGUAUACUAGCAGCAGCACGUUACAAAUGUAGUUAUAUUAUAGCGUUACAAGAACAUGAGUUUCUAAUGAACAAUGGUGAUGCACGUUGGUUACAAGGUAUUGAUCAUAUUCCAGCAAAAUUAAAAAAUUUACUCAAAGUUAUAGAGUUAUUGGCUCAUCAACCUUGGCUAUUGCCAAAAUUAGAUAUAGAGUAUUUGGUAAAAGGUACCGAUGCUUGGUCCAUCGCUGAAUUGGUUCAUGCCAUGGUUUUAAUUUGUACAUUUCUUUCCUUGUCAGGUUUUGUAUUCUGUUGUGGUAUAUCACCAGAGUGUGGUCUAUCAGAAUCAAAUAACCUCUCAAGUAGUUUCUCUCUAAAUGAUAGUGAUUGUGAAAUCGAAGAUACUGCUGCAACCGAAAAUACUGCAAAAGUAAUGGAAUUAUUAAAGAAUAGAAGAUCACAACAACAAGAUGAUGAUGAUGAUGAUCAAUUACAUGAUAGACAACAAGAUUUUCAUAAUGCUGGUGAUGAUUCUCAAUCUUCAAAUAACAAUACAACAACAACUACAACAACUACAACAACUACAACAACAACUACCAACACCAAUACAACUUCAAACUCUGCUGGUGGUGGUGAUUCAUCAUCAUCAACUUUAUCACAAUCUUCUGAUAGAAUGUCAGAUUUCUCACGUUACAUUGGAAAUAAUACAAUGACUCAUACCGAUUUUGAUGUAUCUAGCAAAUUGUACAAUAUCUUUUCCGCUCAAGAAUAUUCUUGGAGAGAACAUGGUUAUGAAUUGGUCAGUAGAUAUUUCCCUGACGCUGCUCCAUUAUUGGAUGAAGAGUUCUCUUUUGUCUAUACAAUGACUUACUAUAAAUUUAAUAACAAUACCGAUAUAGAUACACUUCCAUUCCGUAGAGCAGUUUGGUAUUAUGUUCAACGUGUAAAGGGUAUGUUACAUGAUGAUUAUAACUAUCAAGAAGUUAAUAUGUUUUUAAGUAGAAGUUUGAAAAAUUUUGUCAAGAAAGCAGUUUGUUUCCCUGAAACUAUCAAAAGAGACGAUUAUUCAAAGUUGGGAUAUUCUUUAAAACCCGAUGAAAAAUGUCAUCUCUCUUUAUUGGCUGUUUGUUCUCAUAAACAAGCUAGUUUACUCUAUGGUCUUUACUCAGUAAUGAAUUAUCAAAAUAGAAGGUAG